GGGAGGCAGAGGAAGUGCUCGGCUAGAGCCAAGUCACUGCUUACAAUAAAGCCUUCUUGGGACCACAUUUAUAACCCAAUCCACCACGAUGACUCUAUAGGAGCCCGACAGCUGCUGGGGCAUGUCACACGGCACUCAGAAGCUAGGAGACCCUACAGCCUGCUUCCUUCAGGUUUUUUGGGAACCUCCUGGCAGCUGCCUGAUAAGAAGACGUGCUGCUCUGACACUCUUCUGAGAUUUGUUUAUCCAAUCUGAAGAGUCCUCCAUCAGACAAGGAUCCCUCCUGGAUAUACAAGCAGAGAAGAGGCCAGUCUCUCUGCUGAGCCAAAAUGGGUGACUGGAGCUUCCUAGGAGAAUUCCUGGAGGAAGUCCACAAGCAUUCCACAGUGGUGGGUAAAGUCUGGCUGACCGUGCUCUUUAUCUUCCGGAUGCUUGUCCUGGGCACAGCCGCAGAGUCUUCGUGGGGAGAUGAACAGUCCGACUUCAUGUGUGACACCCGGCAACCAGGUUGCGAGAACGUCUGCUACGACAAAGCUUUCCCCAUCUCCCACAUCAGGUACUGGGUCCUCCAGAUCAUCUUUGUCUCCACCCCUUCCCUGCUGUACAUGGGACAUGCAAUGCACACAGUGCGCAUGGAGGAGAAGAGGAAGCUAAAGGAGGCCAAAGAAGCGUCGACAGCAAUGCAGAGCAAGGGAGAUUCUUUCCACCAGCAGGAGUACCAAGCGCCCGAGAAGGCGGAGCUGUCCUGCUGGGAUGAGCCAAGUGGGAGGAUCAUUCUUCAAGGCACUUUGUUGAACACCUACGUCUGCAGCAUUUUAAUCCGUACCACCAUGGAGGUAGCAUUCAUCAUUGGGCAGUACAUGCUGUAUGGAAUCUUCCUUGAGACGCUCUAUAUCUGUCAACGGAAGCCUUGCCCCCAUCCAGUCAACUGCUACGUCUCUCGGCCAACUGAGAAGAACAUCUUUAUCAUUUUCAUGCUGGCCGUAGCAGCACUCUCCCUGUUCUUAAGCCUGGCUGAACUAUAUCACUUGGGGUGGAAGAAAGCCAAGCAGAAGUUCUCCCCUUCUUACAAACGCAGCCCCAGCCCAGUCGCCAGCAAACUGGAAACGGACCCCCAAGCAAAGAUGACCCAAAGCUGUACCCCUCCUCCAGAUUUUAACCAGUGUUUGGCCAACCCUGGUGGAAAAUUUAUCAGUCCCUUCAGCAACAAAAUGGCCUCUCAGCAGAACACUGCCAAUUUUGCAACGGAGAGGGUUCACAACCAAGACGACGUAGACAGGGAAGCUCCAUUUAUCCAAGUUAACUAUUCUCAGACUUCGGAGGCCGCCAAUAGCUCCACACCCACCCUGGUUCCCAAUGGCUACUUCCACGACAAACGUAGGCUCAGCAAAACCAGCCGCGCCAGCAGUAAGGCUCGCUCUGAUGACCUGUCUGUGUGAAUUGUGUUCUGUGGGGGCAACAGGAAGGGAAGACUCUCUGAUGUGACAAAAACUUGCAGUGUAGAUUUUGAAACCCUGGCAGUCUGGGGUCCAAUCAGCCAGUUCAACUCAUUAAGUGAAUGCCCUGGCAUAUUGCAAAAAGUUUAUGUCCAAGCUUAUUUCAUAAUUUGAGUUUGUUAACAUACAGUCAGAAAGGAGAGUGGUCUAUUUCAAAACAAAUACUAAAAUAAGCUUUAGUUACUAGAGAAAGGACUGAAGCUGAUGUAUACUUUGAGUAGAUAUCACUCUACACUUAAACCAGUAUAUUCAUUCUGAUUUUUCCAAAGAAUGCAGGAGUGAUAAUAAUAAAAAUAAUCAUUUUAUUAUUUAUACCCUGCCCAUCUGGCUGGGUUUCCCCAGCCACUCUGGGCGGCUCCCAACAGAACACUAAAAACAGAAUAAAACUUCAAACAUUAAAAACUUCCCUAAACAGGGCUGCCUUCAGAUGUCUUCUAGAAGUCAGAUAGUUGUUUAUUUCCUCAACAUCUGAUGGGAGGGCUUUCCACAGGGCAGGUGUCACUACCGAGAAGGUGACAUCUUUAGUGGAAGUCCCAAGCCCUUUCAUAAAUCCCUAUAUCACUAUAAAUCCCUGGAUUUCUUGAUUGGAUUUAUGAUGGUUUCAAUUUGCAGUGGCUUCAGUUGCUAUUUUGGACAAAUCCCUAAACUAGCAGACCCUAACACUCUGCUAUUUAAUAGGGAGGUGCCAUUGAUUGUGACAUCCACUAUAUCUCUCCUCUCAAAUAAAGCAGAGACACUGACUUGCUGAGCUAAACAUUUACUUCCCAGAUGAGCCUGGUUUCUUAUAUGCAGCACUGACCUGAUGACUAUGAGCCUCUGCUCUUCCACUUCUCCACUUCUCUUCUAGCAGUAUUUUCAGACAUUUUGCAAGCACACCAUGGGGCAGCUUCCCUUUUCCUGGAAAAGUGAAAAAUAAAGUGGUCUUUCCUUCUCAUCUUUCCACUGGACCCCACAUACUAUUCCAGCUUGCCCUACUUAUGCCAAGUAAAUGUGCAAUGAAUUCUACUUGAAUUUUUGAUAUGUCUGUAUAUAACUACUUUAGAAUUUGAAUAGCCUCCUAGAUAAAGACUAGCUCUGUAUGACAGUAACUGAAUAGACUUAUUAGAGUUGUUUCAACAGAAAUAUUUACUCAAUGGAAACAAUAUUUCCCAUGGAAAAUAAUACUUCAAUGAGAAACAUGAAGAAAUAAUACUUUAUUUCUAAUAAUGAGAAAUAAUACUUUAAUGAGAAGCAACCCAGUGUGGGGAAGCACAUUCAUAUUUUGUAGUUUUUAAAAUUUUGUACUCUUUUUAAUCCAUUCUUACUUUUAAAUUUAGCAGUGAUGUGUUUGUUUGUUUGUUUGUUU